GAGUCCCACCAACGCCUCAGAAACAUACCACAGUUAAUGUUCCAAGUACAAGAGUCCCACCAACGUCUCAGAAACCCAGCAUGGUUAAUGUUCCAGAUACAAGAGUCUCACCAAAACCUCAGAAACCUACCAAAGCAAAUAUUCCAUCUACAGCAGGCCCAACACCUCAGAAAACCAAUAUUGCUAUUGUCCCAGCUACAGAAAUCCCACCAACACCUCAGAAAGCCAACACAGCAGAUGUGCCAGCUACAGAAAUCCCACCAACACCUCAGAAAGCCAACACAGCAGAUGUGCCAGCUACAGAAAUCCCACCAACACCUCAGAAAGCCAACACAGCAGAUGUGCCAGCUACAGAAAUCCCACCAACACCUCAGAAAGCCAACACAGCAGAAAUCCCACCAACACCUCAGAAAGUCAACACAACAGAUGUCCCAGCUACAGAAGUCUCACCAACACCUCAGACAACCAACACAGCAGAUGUCCCAACUACAGAAAUUCUACCGGUACCUCAGAAAGCCAACACAGCAGAUGUCCCAACUACAGAAAUCCCACCAACACCUCAGAAAGCGGACAUAGCAGAUGUCCCAACUACAGAAAUCCCACCAACACCUCAGAAAGUCAAUACAACAGAUGUCCCAGCUACAGAAGUCUCACCAACACCUCAGAUAACCAACACAGCAGAUGUCCCAACUACAGAAAUUCUACCAGUACCUCAGAAAGCCAACACAGCAGAUGUCCCAACUACAGAAAUCCCACCAACACCUCAGAAAGCCGACACAGCAGGAGUCCCAACUACAGAAAUCCCACUAACACCUCAGAUAACCAACAUAGCAAUUGUUCCAGCUACAGAAAUCCCACCAUCACCUCAGAAAGCCAACACAGCAGAUGUCCUAGCUACAGAAGUCUCACGAACACCUCAGAAAACCAACACAGCAAAAAGUUCAGUCACAAAACCAGCACCAGCUCAGAUGUCCCUCAUAUCAACUACUGAGUCUGCACAAACCCCACCAAUAACACAGCAUCUCACCACAGUUAAUUCUUCUGCUGUACAAACUGCACAGCCAACCCAGAGAUUUGCCACAGCAAAACCUUCAUUGACACUGAAAUCUCCAGCAACACAAAGGCCCACCAUUUCACACUUCUCAAUGACCAAGGGUCUCCAUAUUGUUACACAAAGAUUCACUUCUGCUCAUAUUACAGCAACACAGCCUGUACCUGCUGUCAAGACAACGGUACGUUACCCAACAAGAACAUCUAAAGAUAAAGGAGAGCCUAACUCAGGUGGUGACCAUUUUAUAUAUGGACAUACAUGUUUAAUAACCUUGACAGUUUUGCAUGCGAUGCUAUUACUCAUUGGCUAGUUGACGUAGCCAUCGAAGAGUUAAGAAGAAAGUAUAUACAACUACUGAGAAUACUUCUAGUUUGUUAGACUGUCCAGGAAGAAUGGAUACAAUAAAUUUAAUAGUGUUGUUUGUUCUGUAUGCUGUCAUCGUCUUCAAGGUGUGUUAGAAAUGUUAACAAAGCAAGAAGAAAGGCGUUUGUCUGAAAUGGUAUUCUGGAUGCAUAUAAAUCUUCAAAUAUUUCAAAAUAUUUCAAAACCAGACAAAUUCACAACAUUGUAUGGUCUCUUCUAAAAAGUGUGGGAAAGAAUGGGGAGAAGGAAAUCAUGAUUUCUUAGGCUAGAUCUAUCCUGUUAAUCUAGCUUACAACGAAAAUGGGAAGCUAAACAUACUGAUUAGAUUGUAAAAGUAAAACCAAGUCCCCAAAUGAAAUUUCCUUUCUUGUAAGCAGAAUCACCACAGAGGUGGAACAUUCUAAUUUAGCCCCUGACUUGAAGGUGUUUUCAUUUCUACUCUCCAUGAAAAUGAGUUGGUAAAAGGUUGUAAAGGCAGAGCAUGCUAACGAACCAGCAGCGGACUGGGAAAAUAGCUCACUCAGUACAGUGCUUGCCCCGUGAGCCUAAAUCCCUGGGCUCCUCCUUCAAUAUUUAUAAUCCCAGUACUUGGGAGGUGAAGGCAAGAAGAUCAGAGGUUCAAGGUCAUUCUGUGUUACCUAGAGAGUUUCAGGCCAGCCUGGGAUACCUGAGACUCUGUAGUAACACACAAACGUCAUCAAUGGAUGGAUGGAUAUAGGUGGAUAGAUAGAUAGAUAGAUAGAUAGAUAGAUAGAUAGAUAGAUAGAUAUGAAGAAUGUUGAGCCUUUGGCUUAGUUGAUGGCAAAUGAAGAGGAUAUGAUUGGAGACCACCUUUAUUAAUCUACCUUUGAACACACAGAUCUGAAUCAGGAAUAGUUCACCGCUUUUAAGAAGGAUACGCUGCAGUUUGCUCUCAGGGAAAUCUUGUUUUCACCAGUAAAAAUGCCUUAGGAAGUUGUCUUUACUGACUGGUUAUUUGUAUAAUAGUGUCUGGUGGUAUCGUAUCAUCUAGAUAUGAGCAGAUUUUGUACUUCUGACGUGACAUGUUUAUAGCCAAAUUGUAAAUCAUUUUCUUUUGUAAUAUUAAGAUAAACCUAUUUAUAUUUAUUUAUAUCAGUGAACAUUUUGGUUUUAAAUGUAUAUCAAGGAGAUAUGUAAUAAAAAGAAUUUCCUUUGAAUAGAAAUAAAUAAAUAUUCACA